AAGAAGAAGGACCUCUUUCACGUUUUGGCUUUGAUUUAUGUUCCCAACAAGACGAAGAGCGUGAACUUCCAUUCUGAAGAAAUGCCUUCGUCCACUUUGCCCGCUGACGCAACUCGCGCCCACCCGGCUUCAGUCGUCCUCACGACAAGCUCGCCCAGUGCCUCAAGCAAGCCUAGGGCCGCGGCUGACACCACCACCAGCGAUGCAAAAGAGCAGCUGGAUGAACACGACGAGGAGCAGGCCACCAAAGAGCUGUUGAUUCUUUCCAUCAUGGACUCCGUGAUGAAGCUCGACGAGUCCCAAUUGCGCCGGACCAAAGCUGCCGUGGAAAAAAUUGAGAACAGCAGCACGGUCUUUGCCGAUAAGGUGCUCCGCCCGGCGUUACUCGAUCAUUUGGAACGCGGCGUCUUUGUGAAGGUCGGGAUGUCGUCCGUAGAAGGCUGCGGGGUGAUCGCGGUCCGGGAUAUUCCGGAGGGAACCGACCCCUUUCAGGUCUGUAACCAGUUUCUGGGUUUGUCGGACACCAUGUCAGUCGUGGUGUCAGACGCAGAGCUGCGACGGAGGAAAAUCCCACUGGAGGUUUUGGAAAUGGUCAAAAGUUUUUUCGCACCCUUAACGGACAGCGAUGAUGAAGGAGACAGCGGACGUGGCGGUAUUUUAAUGCGUUUUGCAAUUAGUAGAAGUCGUGAUUUGAGAAGUUACAAUGCGACAGGAGUAGAGCAAGCCUUGGCACUCGUCCUGCACGACCUGUGUUCACACAACUCACUACAACCCGAAUUUUUCAGGUGAUCUUGAAUAUGGUGUGAACGCCACAGGGCUGAACAGUUUGAAUGUUGGGUGGUACCUGAACCACAGCGAUACCCCAAACGUGUGCCAUUUUGAGGCGACCGAGGCGGGGACGUUUUGCACGUACAGGACUACAAGAGCCAUCGCGAAGGGAGAAGAGCUCUUCAUCGACUACAAAGAGCUCGGUUUGGAGUACUACGAGAAUAUCAUGCAUUGAAAUAAGUACGUAAUUCGAAAACUUUCAGAGGAGCGACAACCUCCACAUACUGCAUUUAUUAUGUUCGUGUAUACAUCAUUUUCAUUCACUUUCAAUCCAAUCGACAACAUGGAGAACCGAUGAAGAAGACUUUCAGAGAAAAGAAAAUCAUUAUCAUACUGAUCGACGUGCACUACUCACGGUAAUGACUACUUCGAGUCUGAGCUUUCACGGCGUGCACUGUUCCGCAACAUCGUCCUCAUGACUCCCUUUCUGUGGUACGCAUGCCUAGCUGCAACUCGUGG